GAUGUUAGAUUACUUUGCACAACAGCACUCAUCCAGGAAGAUUCCAAAAUCCGAAUCUCAUUUCCGAAUUACCACCAUAAAAAAUUGCGAAGUGGGAGAAAAAUAGCACUCUCUGGCGGUCGAAGGGCGUGGUCCGAUACGAUUCCUCUUUUGGCCAUCUCUCCUCUAUCUAUUCCGAUUGCAGCUCUUCCUUCACCUCCCUCGAGAUGGCAGCCUCCGGUUCCUCUUCCCGCUCUGUCUUUCUUGGCGUUGACGUUGGCACCGGCAGCGCUCGAGCAGGUCUCUUUGAUGGGAAUGGAAAGCUUCUAGGUUCGUCUAGUAGCCCCAUACAGAUUUGGAAGGAUGGUAACUGCAUUGAGCAAUCUUCAACAGAUAUCUGGCAUGCAGUCUGUGCAGCUGUAAAAGCAGCAUGUGCUCUUGCAAAUGUUGCAGGUGAAGAAGUUAGCGGUCUGGGAUUUGCAGCUACUUGUUCUCUUGUUGCAGUGGAUGCUGAUGGCUCUCCUGUUACAGUUUCUUGGAGUGGUGAUACAAGGAGAAACAUUAUAGUGUGGAUGGACCAUAGGGCUGUAAAGCAAGCUGAAAGGAUAAAUUCCUGCAAUUCACCGGUAUUGCAGUAUUGUGGGGGUUCACUCUCCCCUGAGAUGCAACCGCCAAAGCUCUUGUGGCUAAAAGAAAAUUUGCAAGAAUCUUGGUCAAUGGCAUUUAGGUGGAUGGACCUGAGUGAUUGGUUGUCAUACAGGGCAACAGGAGACGAUACUAGGAGUUUGUGCACCACAGUCUGCAAAUGGACGUAUCUUGGUCAUGCACACAUGGAACUUAUCAAUGAAAAAGGUUCUCGAGAUAUGGAAGCUUGUGGAUGGGAUGAUGACUUUUGGGAGGAGAUUGGCUUGGGUGACCUUGUAGAAGGGCAUCAUGCUAAGAUAGGACGAAGUGUUGCAUUUCCUGGCCAUCCUUUGGGUUCUGGUCUGACUCCAGCUGCUGCGAAGGAGCUAGGACUGAAAGUUGGAACACCAGUUGGGACUUCAUUGAUAGAUGCUCAUGCUGGUGGGGUGGGGGUGAUGGAAAGUUUGCUAGUUCCAGAAUUGGAGGCUAAAGAUGAUAAGGAAGUUAUCUGCCAUCGAAUGGUAUUAGUUUGUGGAACAUCCACUUGCCAUAUGGCUGUAUCUCGGAGCAAAGUUUUCAUUCCAGGGGUGUGGGGCCCAUACUGGUCAGCAAUGAUACCUGAGUACUGGUUAACAGAAGGGGGGCAGAGUGCAACUGGUGCUUUAUUGGAUUAUAUAGUUGAGAACCAUGUUGCUUCUCCUCGUCUUGCGAAUCGUGCAGCUUCUCAAAGUAUUUCCCUCUUUGAACUGCUAAACAGAAUCUUAGAAUCAAUGAUGCAUGAAAUGAAUGCUCCUUUUCUUGCUGCCUUGACCAAAGAUGUACAUGUCCUUCCUGACUUCCAUGGGAACAGGUCACCCAUUGCAGACCCAAAAGCAAAAGGGGUAAUCUCUGGCUUAACACUUGAUACAAGCGAGAAGCAGCUGGCUCUUCUAUACCUUUCCACAGUGCAGGGCAUUGCAUAUGGCACACGACAUAUAGUGGAACAUUGCAAUUCUAAUGGGCACAAAAUUGACACACUUCUUGCAUGUGGUGGACUUGCCAAGAACCAUUUGUACAUUCAAGCACAUGCAGAUAUCACUGGUUGUCCAGUAAUUCUUCCAAGAGAAAGUGAGUCUGUACUUUUGGGUGCUGCUAUUCUUGGUGCUGUUGCUGCAAAGAAGUACUCUAGUCUCAUUGAAGCCAUGAAGGCACUAAAUGCAGCUGGGCAGGUUAUCCAUCCUUCUAAAGACCCAAACGUGAAGAAGUACCAUGAUGCCAAGUAUCGGAUUGUCCGGGAGCUUUAUGAGCAGCAGCUGUCUCAUCGUUCAAUCAUGGAUCAAGCAUUGUCAUAGAUCUUGUAGUCCUCCUUAUAGUAUAUUUUUUUUUCUUUUUUUUUUAGGGGGGUGGGAUUAACCACUCUGGUUUGGAUGUAGAAACACCUGAAAUGUUGGUCUUUACUGUUGCCUGUUGAGUAUUGUGUGUUGACAAGUGUUUGAUAAUUGAUAUGUAAUUGGGAGAAUUUUUUUAAAUGAAAAAAUUGCAAAAUUACUAUCUGUAA